AUGGCUUCCGAGAGUGAGCUGGCAGCGCCGGUUGCCGACGACAUGGGCGGGAGCGGAGGGGAGGGCGACGCAGCCAAAGCGCCGGCGCAAAUGGAACGGAGCGCGGUUGGCGUCAUGGUGCGCGUGCGCCCCUUGUCCACGGUGGAGCACGCGGACCCCUCCGUGAAGAACAUCCUGCAGUGCCUCAAGGAUGGAAUUGUUGUCCACGGCGUCCCGAUGCACUCGCCGACGCGCUACUUUGGUGCCCGUCAUGCCCAGCCUCGGCCGCAGCAUUUCAGGGUCGACGAGGUGUUUCACCCACACAGCACACAGCUCGAGGUCUACGACGCCUGCAGUAACAUUGUGGCCGGCGUAUUUGACGGCAUCAAUGGCUCUAUUCUCGCCUACGGUGCAACCGGUUCGGGGAAGACGCACACCAUGUUUGGCGGCAGCAUGAGUGUGCCAGGGGUGAUAUACCAGGGCGUGCGGGACAUUCUCGAGGAGAAGGAGCGACUAGAGGCCGAGGAACAGAAGGUGGUCACGGUACGUUGCACGUUCCUGGAAGUCUACAAUGAGGAGGUCUUUGACCUGCUGGUGCCGUCGAGCCCGCGUGGAAAACGGACUCCGCUGAAGGUGCAGGACUUUGGUCAGGAAGACGGCGCCCACGACGGGGAGAAGAGUGGUGUGAACCUUGAGAGUCUUAGCGUGAAGGGCCUCACACACGUUACCCCCCAGAACGCGGAGGACUUCGCCAAGUUUGUGGAGCGUGGUCACGCAAAUAGAUUUGUUGCGUCUACCAACGUCAAUGUUCAGUCCAGCCGUUCACACGCGAUUCUUACAUUGGAAGUGGAGGUGAAGGACACUGUGGAUGCGUCGCUGGGCACCGUGGGUCGUAUUCGCUUCUGCGACUUGGCGGGUUCAGAAAGGGCUGCUGGCACGAGUAACAGCGGAGUUCGUCUACAGGAGGGCGGAAACAUCAACCGCUCUCUUCUUGCGCUUGGCGCUGUGGUGCAGGCCUUGGCCCAUCGCAAGAAGCACCCCGGUCGGACGAACUAUAUUCCCUACCGAGGCUCCAAGCUGACACGGCUACUGCGGGAUUGCCUCGGCGGGAAUUGCCGCACCCUAAUGCUCUUCUGCGUUAGCCCAAGUAGUAAGAUGUACGAAGAGACAAUCAACACGAUGCUCUUUGCGAUGCAGGCGAAGGAGGUUCAGGUCUCUGCCAAGCGCCACGAAUUCCGUGUUGAUUCGAAGGAGGUGGCCAAAAGUCAGGAGGCGCUGAUUGAAGAGCUCCGCUUGGAGCUGGCACAGGCCCGGGAGGAGCUACUGCGGCUGCGCGGGGGCAGCCCUGCGGCCACCAUGAGCCGCAGCGUUGUGGGCCGACAAAAUUCGCAAUUUUUCGUGGAUCUUUCCUCCCCGAUGCCGCUUUUGACGCCUUGUAAAAACGAGCAACCGCCGCUUUCCGCCACGACGACACUUGUAGCGGGAAACGACAUUCGACUGGAGUCUCAAGAGGCCUCGCCCAGUCUGAUUCAAACCUCACGCCGUAUAUCUACUCGGAUGACGCUGGGAGGGGGGGAGGGCUCGGACGCCUACACAGUACUGCAAAAGAAGCUGAAAAAGUUCUCCGUGGCGAAGGAGACCCUCUAUCGGGCGAUGCAGGAGGCGCAGGAGGCCAACAGUGACCUCGACAUUCGACUUCGGCAGCACAAGUGGAAGCUUGCCCGUUUUCUUGCCACCCGACGAAAGUCGACCGCUGGCGACCCCAAUGGAGAGAAGGCGGCACCGGUUGGUGUGGCGGGUUUGCGGCUCGCCAUUGAAAAGAUGGAGGUGGAAGCAGCGGCACAGGGUGGGAAAAUAGAAGAACUUUUGGAAAAAAUGAAUGAGACGGAUCGCACCAUUGCCGGAAUUCGUCAAGAGCUGUUGCGGGAGAAGCAGCACCCACUGCUGGAGCUCCUUAUGGAUAAUGUGAAGCUGCGACAAAGUUGCACGGAGGCAGAGUGCCUCGCGGCGCACUACCACCAGGAGUGUCGUUCUAUCAUGAACCGUGAAGAGGAGUACACGCAGGCGCUUAGUGUGUGCGUCUCCGUGAUACGGCACAUGAUUCCCUUGGCCUCUGGUCUUCCACCCAUUAUGGACGCGGCUCAGCUAGCGCUCAUGUUUGCCAAUCUCCCUUCUCUGUCUACGACUGACAUGAUCCCCUUCUUUGAGCGAUCGAUGAAGACGGGACAUGCCCCAUCAACCUCUCUGCUUGAUUCACAACGGGCAUUCUCCUCUGUGGAGACCGUGGAGGCAUGCCUGCAGCGCCUAGUGGAGGGGCGUGGAAAUGAAAAGGACCCCAUAGCGCGUCGGCCAGCCCACCGUCGACUACAACUUCAGCCCAAGGGGACACCCUUUAGCAAAGGAAACGCAGGCGGUGCUAGUUCAAGGGUUGGCCCUAUUCCCCCCUGGGCCACGAGGCCGACAAGGUCGGGGCCGGAACCAUUUGUUGCCACACACAGCACAACAUCGUUGCGUCAACCGGUAACGAAUGGAUCCGCAGCCCCAAAAAAAACAAUAUCUUUUGAUAAGACGUCUUCUGCGAAUGGAAAAAGAGUCACUUUUGUAGGAGUCGCAAAGAAGCCUGUAUCAAUUGCUCCGGCGUCGCAGACGAACCUCCGCAACGGCAGCAAAGUUGCCCCGGCAAAGAGGCUCGCGUCACAUGGUGCGAGAGCGGCGACGGCGCUGGCCCCAUUUAGCCGUUCUCACACGGCAAAUGAGGCCGUGCAUGCCGGCAAGCCCCAGAAUGGCGGCCAGUCUCCAGUUGUGGCUCUGGGACACAACCGCGAGCGAGUGCGGAAGGUGCGUAACCCACCAUUGUCAAAUAACACCUCUCAUAGGCCAAAUAGCAACGGCAAUGCCGUGACUUUGCGGCGCAAUCGUGUAGCAUUUGAGUUGCCUGCUGAAGAACGCGCCUCUAGUUUGCCCCAGCGGCGACUUCAAAACACCGAUCUGGAGGAACGGUUUACCAGACUUCUAACCGAGGUGCAGCAGUGGCAUUAUGGAGCUGCUGCGGCUGCAGCAGCAAAGAGCACCCACACAACUCCACGUACCGCCACUGGCAUUCCAUGA